AGUGCAAUUUUUUGUAAAUGAAAGAAAAAUGAAAUGAGCAGACAGACGGACGAACGUACUGAUAGACGUGUUUUUGCAGUGAAUCAAGUAAGACCGACGAACAAGUCAUACGGAGGAAACACGCGACGGGGUGCAGACGGUGUCGCAGAGUCGGUUCGGCGUCGAGUACAACUUUGUUGAGAGAAUUGAGAGGCAAUCAGGAUGAGGUCCAGCGGCGCAGCACCGGAGAAUGGCGAUGGCGAGGAGGACGGAGAAAGUGGGCAGGACCACCAUGAGGGCGAUCCGCGUCCGUUGCCGUACGACUUUGAACAGGAGCUGAUCAGAAAGUCCAACAGGCAUAUACGCCUCUACGAAGCCUUCGUUCCGGUUAGCAAAGAGUAUAUGCUGACUCGCAAGUUCUACGCCGAGUACGAGCAGCGAAAGCCGGCGCAGCCCCUGCGCUUCCUGCGCUACACCCAACCGGAGAGAAUGCUGGAGCGGCAGAGGCAGCUGGGCUUGGGGACACCGCUGCUGGAAUCGCAAAUGUAUGGCUGGCUGCCGAUACAGGGUCGAAAGUGUGCCCUAGAGCUCAAUUUCCUGCAUGCCCCAAAACUGCGCUGCAGCAUGACGAUCCAUGGCGAAAACUUGAUGGCGGAGCGCAUCACGGAGCGUCCUGCAUUCAAUGGACUGCGGUUUUUGCUUCAUUAG